AUGCUUGAUAUGAAGCUUGGCACACUGUGGGACCAUGUCCCUGCCACUCUGGUUGAGGCAUUCCCCAGCGAAUCCAAAAGCCUCACAUCCCCCUCACUGCAUGCCAUUCUUGAUGAUCUUCCACAUCAAGAUGCCACUCUCGCUCGAGCCAUAACUGCACCACACAAGCAUCCCAUUGAUGACAGUGGAAUUCAUCCUAAUUCCACUGCAUUAGUCCAUGAAGACCAAUACUCUGAGACUGUUGAAGAUCUGUAG